CCUUUACAUUGGCCAUUUGGUGUUCAUACAUCGACACAAACGCAGCUCAGGUACCUCAAGAUGAGUGGGGAGGUACUGAGUGAGACUGAACCCUCGUGUUCCAAGGAGACUGUGAAGCCUAUACAGAGGGAGACUAACUGGCCAGUUGUGCUGUUCUACAUUUACCUACAUACCUCCGCCAUCUACGCUACCCUGCUCAUCUUUACACAGGCUAGCUUCUACACCACUAUCUUCUCUGCCCUGCUAAUGUUCCUCGGCACCCUGAGCAUCACUAUCGGUUGUCACAGACUCUGGGCACAUAACACAUACAAAGCUGUCUGGCCACUGAGACUGCUGCUAGUGAUAGCACACACACUCUGCUGUCAUGGGACAGUGUAUGAUUGGGUGAAGGAGCACAGAGCACAUCACAAGCUGAGGGAUACGGAGUUGGACAAGUUUGACUACAAGAAGGGCUUCAUGUUUGCACAUCUGCUGUCCCAUUGUAACAACACUGACUCCAGGAUCACAAGAGAGGAGGACAAAAUUGACAUGAGCGACAUUGAACAGGACAACAUGGUUAUGUACCAGAAGAGGUUGUACUGGAUCGUGAUGCCCAUUGUUGGGCUCCUGCUGCCUAUCAACGCUCCAGUAGAGUAUUGGGGAGAGAGUAUUCUAGUAUCAGUGUUUGUGGUGGGGAUGUUACGUAUAGCAGUACUGUGGCAUGCAUCGUGGCUAGUCAACUCUGCCAACAUACUUUGGGGCUUGGACCCUGUCGACAGGAAAUCCGGUGACACGACACUUGUGUUUUUCGUCAACAAGUCGCUGUGGCCGCAAUACCAUUACCUGCUGCCAUGGGACUACAAAUCUGGCGAGUAUGGGACGUACGGCUCGGGUGUGUCUACGGCAGUGAUACGGGUGGCGGCUGCUCUGGGGGCAGCUUACGACCUCACCACCUGCUCCAGCGACGGCAUCAAGAAGGCUCUGACAGCUGCGAGUACCACUGGGCGACCUGUUAUAGAAUGUCUGGACGAGAAUAGAAGCACCUCUACUCUGACCGAAAUACUCGACUUUAAACUACACUCAGCGUAGAAGGCAAUCUUCAGGUCUGGGAUGGAGAUGUACUCACUGGAUCAGUAAUGUCUACUUAUAUAACUGAUGAUAAAAGAUUGAACGUGUUUUAAAAUAUUAGCAAAUUAUUUAGGAAGAUUUUAUCAGUUUUUGAAUAAUUUUGUACUUGUCAUGGGCAGAUCCACGGCGGUAAUAAAACACUAUAAAUUUAUAAGACAUGGCAUGGUUUAUAUUUUACUCUAUGUCAUGCCUUCUGAUUGCCCAAAAAUACAAACAUUCCAUCCCCCUAGGUCCUAACCCACAGUUGGCUGUAGCACCCUCUUAAACGAUUUGAAAGCAGCCCCUCCUUUUUAAAAGGAUGGAUUCGCCCGUGUCACUCGUAAAAAAAAUUUUUUUAUUGAAACAAAUGAGUGCAAUUUAAAAAAAUUGACUUAUUUUUGCACAAAAGGUGUUAUUGCAUGAUUAUUUAAAGAUUUUGUUUCUUCCUGUCUUAAGCAUUUGAUCAACUUUUAAGCUUGUUGAGCUAUUUAAUCAUUGUAAACUGUUUGUGAAAGUUUUGUUUUAGCUUCAAAAAAAUUCCAGUAAAUAUAAAGGCAUUUACUUUAAUUUGUAAAUAAUAAUGGAUCACAUGAAUUCAGUAUUUAUCUACUGAUAAAAACGAAUAAAUGUUAACUUGAAUUACCUGUAAAUCAAAAUUGGCUAAAAUAUGUUUCUGCAAGUUACAAGUAAUGGUAUAAAUCAUGUUUUUCUCUUGAACUGAUUCUAACAAUAGAAAAGUUGUGGAAUUUUUUUAACGGGUUUUGAAAUAAUAACAAGAAGAAUGAAAGAUAGGACAACACUCGGGUGUAUGUUCAAGAAUGUGUAAAUUUAAAUGUAAUAAAAAUCAGAAUUUGUUAAGUAGUUACUGGUUUCAAAAAGAGAAUACAAAUUAUCAAAACUUACUUAUUUAUUCAAAAACAAUUUCAAAGAUUGAAUCUACACUUAAGCACUUAAGCUUUAUAAUCAUUAAUUGUCUAGGUUUAAGGUUGUAUUGUUUUGAAUUUAAGUAGUUUGACACAACAUUAAUUUAUUUCUAGAUUGUGAUUAUUUCAUUUGUAAAUAUUUCAUUUCUCGUAAUUGUUUGAGUGUUAGUAGUAUCAGUUAGUUAUAUAACUAUGUAAAUGGUGUAUUUUUGGUAACAAUAAAAUUAAAUACUUU